UGCUUAAUUACAAACAAAAACUAAAUUCUGAUGGGAAAGAAUUUGUUUUUCAAGGACCAAUAAAACCAGUAAUUGCUGGAAAGUAUAUAUUCUACUAUGUCUAGGAGCGGAUAACACCGUAUCUUUUUUCAUUUCGGGUUUUACUCAGUCUCAUCUUUGGCAAUCGGAAACUUUUGCUAGAUUACUGUACACGAAAAAAAUAUAUAAAAAAAUAGGAUAACGUGACUGUUUGACUAUGAAUUGUAAUAGUUAUUUCAUAGUUCUGUUGUAUUGUUAGUAUUGCUUGUGAAAAUUCUUCUUUUGAUUCAAUAAAUCGAAGAGAAAAACGAUAUAUUCCUAAAGAACAACGCUCAUCGAGAAUCUUAACAUAAGUGAACUGUGAGUGAAAACUGAAAAUCUAGCAGUUUUGUGGAUGACCACUUGACACAAUCCUUUAUACAUGAAACACCAACCUAUAAUAAAUGGCCAACAGCAGUAAAUCAGAAGAUAUUUCAAAAUCCUUAUGGAUGGCACUGUACAGUCCCAUUGUUCAACCUUCUAAUAUUAAUACUCGAGAAAGGCCUGUUUGGUUGUCACUUAUUGCUUUAUUUUUCAACCCCAAAGUUCUCUAUAAAGCUCUUCACUUGACAGUUGCAUUAUGUGUGAUGACAAAAUUCAAGAGAUUGGGAUUUUUUUGGAUAAUGUUGUCAGUGGCAUUGGGAUAAUAAAUACGGAGAACUCUCAUUUUUGAUUUGCUGAGCAGAUGUAUAUUAAAUGGUGUUUGAUCUUUUUUUGCACAUCAUUUUAAUAACUUUAAGUUCUAAAAAAACUUCUCAUAAUACAAUUAAUUAUACUUGAUGAACAAAGCUGUGCCAUGCUUUCAUGCAAACAGUGUUACAGUGGUGUGAAGACAUUACUAAGAUUCUUUCCACACUCAUCAGUGUUUACAUUUCCUAUCAACUGUACAAACAGCUUCUAUAAUCCUUCUCUGACUAGCAUUAGUGUGAGACAUUGGACAAAAGAUUCAAGGAAGUUUAAAGUUUCAGUGGUGCAGACCCAACAAAAGAUUCAGCACAUGAAAUGGAUGUACAACAGACAUAUAUUUAAUUUUGGAAAUAAUAAAAGAGAAUUACUAAAUUCUAAAGCAACCCAACCCUGGUAUUUUAUCUUAAAACAGAAAGUACCAAACAGCACUGCGAACUUUGUGCAACAUUUUCACACUUCUCCUAAACAUGACAUUCAUCCAGCACUAUGGAUGUUUAUCAAACCAUUUGCUAAAGGAAUGGCCAUUUUGACUGGCAGGGGAUUUAGAAAAUGGUGGAAAGAUUUACCAAAACACAAAAGGUUAUAUUUUCUUUCAGUGCUGAAAACAAAUCGUGUAAAAAUAGGAGUGGUUACAGCAGUGUUGCUGGCAUUAAGCAUAGCCUACUACGAAAGUCAUAUUCAGGAAACACCCAUCACAAAAAGGAGAAGAUUUGUUGCUUUCACACCAGAUCAGUUUGAAAAAAUAGCAGAUUUUGAAUUUGAAAUGCAACUGGAAGCUUUUCAGUCUCAGGUUUUACCACAAACCCAUGUAGCCUGUCAACGAGUUGCAGGUGUUGCUAAUCGUCUUCUUCAUUCAAACAUGGACUUGGAACAAAUCUAUGAUAAGAAGUGGUCAGUCACUGUUGUAAAUAACCCCACAGAAAAUGCUUUUGUUUUACCUAGUGGCCAGAUUUUUGUCUUCACCGGCAUGCUUCGUCUCUGUAUUAAUGAUGAUGAGCUUGGAGUGGUUCUGGCCCAUGAGAUGGCUCAUUGUGUUCUUGGCCAUGGGGCAGAACAAGUCAGUUUUGCACAUCUAUUGGACCUGACUGUAAUAGUGGUCUUGGCAGCUAUUUGGGCCUUUCUUCCUAGUGAUGGAAUUGCUGCAGUUACUCACUGGUUUUUCCAUAAAGUAGUAGAUAUACUUCUUCACUUGCCUUAUAAUCGAAAGCUAGAAAUAGAAGCAGAUGAAGUGGGGCUUCAAUUAGCAGCAAAGGCAUGUUUCGAUGUUCGAGAAAGCAGUGCAUUCUGGUCGAAAAUAGGACUACUGAAAACUUUACAAGGAGAGGUUGAAAGUAUGGAUUGGCUCUCGACACAUCCAAGUCAUACGGCUCGAUCAGUGUAUUUGGACAGCUUAAUGGACAAGGCCUUAAAGCAGCGUUACGAAUGUGGAUGCCCAUCACUGACUAGAGUGGAUCCACGAGCACAGAUUGAAAAUUUUAAACAGAAACUUGAGGAAGAUGCAGCAAAAGCAUUAGCACAUAAGCAAAAAAUGGUUGUGUUGGUACCUAAGUCAUCAUAAGAUGAUGUGUCCAUUUGCCUUUGAGAAAAAAAAAUAGAAAUAUUUUUACUAACUUGUUUGUUACAAGGACAUUAGUGUUCAUUUUGACUUCUUGUUAUAGCUAAGUACUAUUACAGAAUUUAAGAGCUUCAAGUUGUUUGGGAGUUAGUUAAUAACAUUUUCUUAUUAACUCUUACAAAGUAAAAUUUUCUUUACACAGAAAACACAGUCUCAAAAAAAAGUAUUUCCCAUAUUUGAAGUAAAUGAUUCAAAAUACUCAUCAUGUCAUGUCUUUAAAUGGUAACUAAAAAACAUGGUUACUUAGGAUUAAGAACUUUGUAAAAAAACAAAGGUUAGUGUUUUUUUAAUAUUUUAAAAAUGAAAGUGACUGACAAAGUAGGUGAAGUGCUUGAAUUUCAUAAGAAAAACAAUAAUAUAUUUAAUUGGCAUUGAGUAUGAUAUAAAAACAUUUUGCCACAAAAUAAAAGGUUCUAUUAUGUUUUGUAAAUCAUACUUUUGGCAGCAAUAUGGAAAUUUAAUUUUUCUUUUAUAUGAAAUUUACAUACUCAUUAAUUGUGAUAUUAGGUAUUGCUAUUUAAUAUUUUUUAAUAAAUUAUUGAAAACUACUGUUUCUGUAAACAUAGUUCUACUCCUCACAAAUAUAGUUCUGCUCCUCACAAAAUGUGACCUUGAUUCUUUCCUGUUGUCUCUUUGUGAAAGUGUGGGUAUGUUUUCUGUGAUCUGUACACCACUCUUGUUGGAGUAAUUUAUAUUUUAGUUGAAGGGUUGUCAGUUAGGAGUCUUCCAUAUGACAAACAUUAUAAGAUCAUCUGACUUACUUACAAUGUCAUUGUGGUUUUUUUUUAAUGUGAAAAUUUGCUAGUGAAUAGGAUAAGAUGGAUAGAAUAGAAAUUAGUAUUUGAAUGUGAAUAUUUUGAAAUAACAAAUACUGUAUUUCGAGAUAAAGGUGUUGAAAAUAAAUGUCACUUUAGGUUUCAUGUUGUGUUCCUGUGCAUAGUUCAUAAGAGAACUACUCAAACUUUUGUUGUGUAGGUUUUGUCAUCAUCAAAUAUUUCUAACAGUUAUUUACCUCUACAAUUGGUAUUAUGUAACAAAAUUACUUUCAAAUCUGAUAAAAAUAAAGACAAUAUUUAUAAAUA